GGGGCUAUCACUCUGUAUGCUAGCAGAAUCUGUAAAUACUUUAUUAUUAGAACAUCCGAGUGAUUUCACAAUGCGAAGCCACGUCAUCCUUUAGGAGGUGCCCUCGGUUCUUACAAUAUAGGAACUUACCUCCACAAAUUAAUCUCAGAGCUGUCCAAAUUAGGGUUAGGGCUUUAACCUUGUAAGGCUCUUUGGAGUAGUAAGAUCAAACAAUGGUGAAGCCUCGCAAAAAGUUAUCUUUAUCUGAUAAGUGCCCUCAGUUCUUCAAAGUUUUUCUCCCGGGACGGAGCUCUCAACGACUGCGAAUUCCACCAGCAUUCCUUAAGCAUUUUGAUGGAGUUUUACCUUCCAAGUCUAUAAUUAGGAGUCUUGCAAGCAGAUCGUGGCGGGUUGAAGUGAAAGAAGUUGAUAACAAUCUGUAUUUUGAAAAGGGUUGGCAUGAAUUUGUGAAAGACAAUUCACUAGAGUUCGGAGAUUUCCUAGUAUUUUGUUAUGGUGGUGAUUCAAUCUUUUUUGUUAAAGUAUUUGGUAAAAAUGGCUGUCACAAGGAGGAUUGCAUUCCCACUAUGGAAGAAAAUCAGAUUACUGAAACCGUGAAGGAUGAACAUUUGAUGCUUGAAAACAAUGGCAAGCAGCCAAAAACUAAUAGAACUUUACAUCGGAGGGGUCUCAUGGCUGUUCAAGAGACUGAUAAAUCUCUGAAACCUCCUGGGAAGUUUCUCUCUUCAUUCCCUUCCUUCCAAGUUGUUAUGAAGAAAGCUUAUGUGGACAAGAGUUUUAUGCAAAUUCCACCAGCGUUCCUUAAGCAUUUCGAUGGAGUUUUACCCUCCAAGUCUAUAAUUAGAAGUCAUGCAAGCAGAUCGUGGCCGGUUGAAAUGAGAGAGGUUGAUAACAAUCUGUAUUUUGAAAAGGGUUGGCAUGAAUUUGUGGAAGACAGUUCACUAGAGUUUGGAGAUUUCCUAGUAUUUUGUUAUGGUGGUGAUUCAAUCUUUUUUGUUCAAGCAUAUGGGAAAAAUGGCUGUCACAAGGAGGUUUGCAUUCCCACUAGGAAGAAAUCAAUUGCAUUUGUGCAAAAAAAUCAGAAAAAAGAACCCAUGAAGGAAGAACAGUUGAUGGUUGAAGACAAUGGCAAGCAGCAAAAAACUAGUAGGACUUCACGUGGGAGGGGUCUCUUGACUGUUCAAGAGAAUGAUAAAGCUCUGAAACCUCCUGGGAAGUUUGUGUCUUCAUACCCUUCCUUUGAAGUUGUUAUAAUGUCAGCUUAUCUGGAAAAUAGAUAUAUGCAUGUACCAACGAGGUUUGUCAAGAGCUACAUGAAACAGGGUAGACGGGAUGUUAUUCUUCGUGUUUCGGCAAAGUCGUGGGAUGUGAAAUUUAUUAGCUAUAUGAAUAGUCACAAGUUCAGUAAAGGUUGGGGCGAAUUUUGCAAGGACAACACACUGCAAGUCGGAGAUUCUUGUGUCUUCGAGCUGGUUGAGAGAGAGGAUUUUGUGCUGAAAGUUUCCGUUUUUAGAUAUCUUAAUUGAGUGAAGAAGAUUUGAUAACUAAUGUUCAAGAGGCUGGUCAAGCUUCUCUCUAUGUAUAUGCUUUUGUAUCUGAAAGUUCUCUGGUCUUUAUGUAUGAUGUGUUUGAAGAAUGUGAAAAGGGUAAUUUUGAUUAGAUUGGGUAAGUUUGGACACUUUUUUAU